AUGCGACAAAGAAGAACGACAUGUUCGUAUCAGCUCAAGAAACACAGUGCCAACGAUGACUUUGAUCGCCGUGAUAAUAGCGACUCGUCAUUUUUUUCUCGGCUCAUCGACUCUGCUGCUCGAGAACGAUGGGAGCUGGUGGAGGUCGGCCGUCUAGUUCGACUGUUUGCUGCGCAGUGGGAUUUCAAAGCGAGCAAGACCGCGCGCUUCCUACUCGAUACGUGCCCAGAGCUGGUUAGUGUGGACUUUUUGGAAGGAUUGGGUGUGAACUUAUCGGCAAAACAGCUCGUACAAGUCUUUGAGGCCGGCUCGGGUAACCCCGGUGUGAUGAUGAACAAAAUGGCAUCGGCUGUGGAGAAUGGACACUUAAGUGUGCGUGACCCGUCCUUCGUCUCAGCUUUGGAGCGUCGUGUCGCGCUGAUGGAGUCGAACGCUGAGGUUAUGGAGCUACUGCAUCCACUACUAGAGAGCUUGUCUACUGUCCGAGAUGUUGGUUGUUUACUGAAGCAGCUGUGCGAGCACUGGCAACUUGAGCGCAAAAUCUCCUUGGUUCAGCAGGUUCUGCUGUCGAACGUUUUCGACGAUCUAGACGGCAACCAGGAUGAGAUUCUUCUUGACUUGCCUGAUCUUACUGGACGACUGGACUUCCCUAGCCGCUUGGACCAGGAAGAUGUUGAUGAAAAUGGCAAUCUCAAGGGAUUCCUUGCUAACGAAGACAGCGAGUUCAGUGGAGAAGAGGGAUCUGAAGAAGAAGAACACGAGAACGAUAGUGAAGACGACGAGUUUCCGUGUGAGGGUGAGACCGACUCGGACGAAGAGAUGGAGAUAUCGGGGUGCUCUCGUAGCCGCAACCAGUUUAUCGAAGACGAAGCCGAUGUCGGGGAAGAUGAGGAUGAAGAAGAUACAGAGAAUGAGAACGAGCACCUUCAUGACGAUGGAUCAUCGUCUGAUAGCGACUGA